AGAAAAGUAGUAGCGUAACGUAACUUAACAACUCUCUCUGAUAUACCUUGGAAGUGAUUGUCCUCUUAGUUUGGUACUCUUUCUGAACAAAAACACAACGCUUACGCAUGUCACAUGCGUAACCCUCUUCUCUGUUUUUUCCUUUCUUUCAAUCAAAUUCAAAUCGAAGGUUCACUCUUUCAACAAAAUCAUUUCAAGAUUCACCAUCCUUUGCCCCCUUCCUCCAACUGGGUUCCCUCCAAUUUCGAGUUAUGAUGAUUCCUAGGUUGAGUUUUUAAUGUUUAGCGAUGAUUUCUAUGCCUUAGAUUGAAAUUUAUCCAUGAAGUAUUAGCUGGAUUCUGGAUAAUUGGGAAGUUUUAUACUAUAGAUCACUUUAUAAUUCUUUGAGAGAUUCAAUUUUUUUUUUCUGGGUUUUGGAGAUCAAAGAUUUUUAUUUGUUAAUUUGCAGAAAAAUGAUUGCUUUUGUCACAUAAUUGUUUGGUUAGUUUUCGGGGUUUCGGGUUUGAGUGAUUUUUGUUGUUGGAACUUGGUGGGUUGUUUGUGUAAUAAUCAGUUGCAUUGCAAUGUCUGGGGGAACACCUGUUGGGGCAGGUGGUUUAAUGAGGCAGAGACAUAGCCAGGGUUAUGCUAGUAGUGGUGAUGACUUGGAAGACGAUGCAUGUUCGAGGCAGCGUGCUUUUCUGCCUCCGAGUCCUCCUAAAAAGACAUGGAUUGAGCUGCUCGAAAAUUUUCUUUGGCUUGCUUCAGCUGCUUUUAUUCUAUACUUUGGUGAUCAGCAUUCCAAUUUCAUAUAUCUCCUGUGCCAUGACGAUCGUAUUAGAAGACUGCCUCUAUAUCUUGGGAUGAUCGGUAUUGGGUUGAACACAUUGAUUUUCGUUUAUACAACUAUCUUGGCUUGGAGCGUUCGAAGGUUUGAUGAAAAAUGGGGAUUAAUGAAAUGGGAAAUAACAAGUAUCACAGUGUUGCCAUUCGCCACUGGAUUUGGAAUCACCUCUUUUUGCUUGUUCACCUUUGCUUUGUGGCCAAUUUGGAGUUUCUUGACGAUUCCUCUUCUGUUUACACUAUUCAUGGCAUGCAUGGUAGUAAUCCCUUAUCUCAUUUUUGGGAUUCUUGGCCGGCCUCAGAAUGAUGAAUUCCGUACAGAUUAAGCUUUUUCACAGUUUGGUUGAGGAAUAGUACUGACUUAGAUAAAGAGUUUCUAACAUACACCAAUGGUUGAUUGGUAGCUUUGUUAUGUGGUUUGAAGUUUUGUCUCAAAUUAGCAUGACCUAAACUGGUACUAACAGUAAGAACUAAAAUUCUUUUUAUCCUUACAAUUACAUCUGUGUUGAGUGAUGGUAACGCGGCUGGUCUUAGUUGCUACAGGUAGAGAGAUAUAGGACUUGUUUGUUGGUAGAUAAAAGUGUUUAGCUUUAUCAAUUGGAUGCCUUCAGUUUGAUGAUAUCAUAACACAAUUUCACAUUUUCUUGUUAUGCAUGUUUAUUUAU